AUGCCGUGCUUCAAUGUGUCAACCAACGUGGGCUUGGAGGGAAUCGACACCUCGUCGAUCCUCUCCGAGGCCACAACAAUCAUCGCCAAAAUCACGGGCAAAUCAGAGGAUCAUAUCAUGGUGGUGUUGAAAGGAUCGGUUCCGAUGUCGUGCGGGAAGACCGAGCAUCCGACUGCCUACGCCGAGUUGGUUUCCGUCGGCGGCCUGAAUCCCGAGAACAACAAGAAGCUGUCGGCGUCGCUUGCGGAGCUUCUCGAGACGAAAUUGGAUGUUCCCAGGUCCCGAUUCUUCCUCAAGAUCUAUGACAGCCCCGGCCACUGCUUUGGGUAUAACGGCGAUACUCUUCACUUCCUCGACGGAUCGGCUUAGAUCGCGGUUGGGGUUUGACUGCAAAAUUGCUGAAAAAGUGAGGCCAAGGGAAUAAAUUGUGGGCUGCUGAGGCAAUCUUGCUGAGCUGGACGAAGAAGCACCUCCUUAGACAAGAAGCAUCUUGCCAUUAAUGAGUAUGUCUCCUCCAUGAGGCAUGCUUGUCCCCCAGCCGAAAUUUCAGCCUCCCCUGCUGAUCAAUGAGAGCAAUGCUGCCACUUCUGGAAGAAGAGAAGAAGAACAACCAAGUUUGGAUUCCAAGCUCAAGGCAUUGGGAGGAUUAAACAAAUUACAAGCAUGUGAUGACUCUCAUGAUGAAAGAACCGGCUGCAAGACCCUAUAAAAAGGGAAAAUUCACUCUCAGAAGAAGGGGAAGAAUCUUUUUGGUUACCCUUUCAGUUGCAAAACAUACACAGAAAAACUCUAGGUAGAAGGCAAGAAGGAAGAGGAAGCAACAACAACUCAGUAAGGAAGCCAAGUUGGAGAAUAACCAUCCCAGUUUCUGCUUCAGUUCCAUGAGUGAACUCUUUCACUCCCAGGAGUGGCUCAGAAACUGUACAAGCUUUUUUCUUGUCUCUUGACUGUUAGCUUGAACUUUGUUUAUUAUGCAUACUUCUAUGAUGUCUUUUGAUAUAGUAGAUGUAGCAUUAAUCUGUAUGAGUAGCUAAACAGUUUCCAAGGGUUAUUCUCCUCAACCUAUGUUCUAGUUGUUAAUGCACUGGUUUUGUUCCUUGUUUUGAAGUUGAAAGUUUUUCUACAUUCAUUUACUUGAUCACUAAAUUGAAUGCAUGCUAGAACUAAGGGAGAUCUGGAAAGAUAAACUUGGUUUGGAUUGU